AGAACAGAGAGGACAUGUUGAGUCCCACCAACAACAAACUGACAGACGUGUUGGAGGAGGCUAACAAACUGUUUGCAGAAGUCCGUCAGGCCCGCGAAGCAGCUCUCGACGCUCAGCUCCUGGUGCUGGCUACAGACCUGGGGAAGGAGAAGGCCAGCCAGCUACACGCUGAGGGAUCAGCCUUCGACCCCUCAGCCUUCGCCGAACACCUGUUGUCAUUCAUGGGUUUGAAUCGCCUGGAGGAUGAAGAUGAGGAGGAGGAGGGUGGUGGUGCGAGCGGUGGCUACCUCCCCCAGGACGCGUGGCAGAGGGUGGCUCAUAGAGCUCAACGCUGCUUCAGGACUGCUCCCUCCUUCCACUACAUGAUGGGGUCGUUCCUGGCUGAGUUGCCUCCGCCUCGCCAGAGGGUAGAGAGACAGAGGAAAGCUCCCUGCAAGGAAGCCAAGAGGAUCAUGCCCACUCAGUUGAGGAGGAUGGAGGAGUCUCACCAGGAAGCUACAGAGAAGGAGGUAGAGAGGAUUCUGGGAUACCUGCAGGGCUACUUCAAUGACGACCCCACAUCUCCCAUCUCCUACUAUGAGUUUGUCAUAGACCCCACCUCCUUCUCCCGCUCGGUGGAGAACAUCUUCCACACCUCCUUCCUGGUCAGGGAUGGUGUGGCGAGGAUGUACCUGGACCACGAUAAACUUCCUUGUAUCGCUCCUGUAGAAGAAGGGGAGGUGGAGGCUGGUGGAACAUCCAGCAGACAGCAGUGUGUCAUCUCCAUCAGCCCCAAGAGUUGGAAG